CACGACAUGUGACAAACUUUCUUAAUAAGCUUUUGGUCGCGUCUACCUACCUAGUACAUACAGAAAUUCAAUUAACGCGUCUAUACAGACAUGGACAAGCAAGAAAAUAUUCACCAGACCGGAUAGAAACACCAAAGAAAAGAACAAUAAUUUCACUAUAUCUCGAAUGCGACACAGAGUGUAGGGCAAGAGCAAGUACGGCAGGAAGCAGACUCUACAUCCGUCCGAAUGAGCAUUCAUCAAUACACUUCCGGUACAUUUCCUGUGCACUAGAGCCUUCGAACAAUAGCAGUGUUCGCUUAUGUUCAUUUCUCAAGCAGAAAUUACUUCAAAGUUGGUCAAUUCAGUGUAUCUAUUCACCAAGAAGAGGGCGGAGCAAGUAAAUUAUGAAAAUAUACCUUAGACAAGAAGGAUUAUUUGGUAUUCAAUUGCUACAUACACCGAAAGCUUAUGUUCCCAGAUCCAUGACCAAUUAAACUUUGCUGUUGUCUUCUUCAGGGCGAGGAGGCAUUACUGCUAGGAACAUAAUCUGUGAAGUGUUAUUGCGAAGUUUCGCCAAGGCUCUUUUGAAGUAUUCAAGAAUGGACAUCAUGCAAAACGUCGACGAAAUGGAGGAGAUUGCUAAGCCUAAGGUGGUCACUCCUAAGGGCUUUCAUACUAUUGAGCAGAUUAAGAGUUUUGAAAUUCUACCAGGCGGAGUUAUAAAACCACAAUUUGUCAAUGUAAUAGGAUUUGUGAUGGAUCAUCAACCUCCUAUCCAAACCAAGGGAACAGACUUCAAAUGCAGUUUUCAAAUCAAAGAUUAUUCCUCGCGAUUUGAGCGCUUCGGCUUGAGGAUGAGUGUUUUUUCAACAGAAGACAAGAUGCCACGAAUCCGGAAGCCAAAAGAUGCCGUACUUAUCCGUAGUGCAAAGGUUCAAUUGCGUAACGGGGAGAUACAGUUACUAUCUCACUUUAGUACCGAAUACCACAUACUCUGUGCUGAGCACAUCCCUAAAGCUAUUUUCCCCGUCAUAAAAGCUUCGUGGAUUUCAACACCCCCAGCAAGAUGCCGACGUCCAGAAGCAAUCGAGACUAAGUAUGUAGUAUGGUCAAAUCAGCAUCUUGAUGAAGUUGAGUUUCCUGGUACUCAAGAAUUUCAGGAAAAGGCAAAAAAAGCUUUGCAAGUUAGAGAUAAGUUUAGUCUACUUGAAGAUGUCAAAGACGGGUCGUUUCACGAUAUCAUAGGUGAAGUGAGAAAGAUCUAUGGAGCUAAUAACGAUAUGGUCACCGUUUACUUUACCGACUAUACAGCUCACACUAACUUUUACAACUAUGCACUGCCGGGACUAUCAAGUGUCAUGACGGAAGGUCGCGAUGGUGAUGAAUAUGGUUACAUUAAAGCGAAGCCCAAGGACGAAGCAAAAGAAUGGAAAGGUCCGUUCGGAAAAAUGACUAUUCAGCUCACACUCUUCGACGCCCACGCCAUGUUCAUUCGAGAGGAAAACAUCAAGGAAGGCCAGUGGCUCCGCUUGACUAAUGUCCAAUUUAAAUCGGGCAAUGCAGGUCUCAUGGAGGGUAAGCUUCGUGGCGAUCGAGGGGCAUCUGAUGGUAAAGUCCAAGUCGAGAUCAUGAAAACUUCAGAAGACCCUCAGAACAAUGAUCCCAGAUGGAAAGACUGUCUUCGACGAAAGCGUGAUUGGACCCAAAAACACGAAAAGGAAAGAAAAAGACUUCAAGAAGAGAUUUCAGGGGCAGGAACCAAGCGUAAAGCGGAGGGACAACCAAGCGGGAAAAAUUCUAAAGCGCGAAGAAAAGAAUCGCGAGCCAAGACAGUGGCUAAAAGUGCUUCCAACAAGAUAAAAGCUGCUAAGGAUCUUGAUUUAAACGAAAAUGUGAUAUUACAUUCUUCUCAGAUUGCGAGGGACAUAAUGCCAUUAUCAAGUAUUCUGCAACGCACGUCGCCCAUCUCUUCAGAUCCCAAAUUUGCCGGGAUCAACGCACCCUUUGAGAAUAACACUUACAAAGCAAAUCUUCGGGUUGUAGAUUACUUACCUCACAACAUUGCUGACUUCGCGGUUGGUCGUAAAAUCAGCGAAUUCGACGUGUUAUCUGAUUAUAGUGGUGAUGAAGAUGAUGAUCCAAAGGAAGAUAUGGAAAGUUUCCGCGAAGGUAAGGGUUACGUAGAAAGGAGAUGGGAAUGGUUCUUCUCGUUGGUAGUCGAAGAUGCAAAUCCAGAUGCUUCUAAAGAGAGAGUUAUUCUUAGGGUAGAGAAUUAUGAUGCACAGAUGUUACUCAAUAUUCAGGGCGAUGCUUGCAACCUACGAACAAAUCCAGGAAUGCUUAGAGAUGUCAAAGAAACACUCUUCAAGCUCUGGGGAGAUUUAGAGGAGCAAAAAUCCGCUCUGCUUUUACAGAAAGCCCGCGAGAAAUCAGAGACAGCAAAUGUGGCCCCCGAAGCCUCCAGGGCUACAGAUUCAGAAUCUGAAGACGAAGGAAAUGAUCUUAGAACAACUAACCAUAGUCUUCCAGUGGACUCAGAGGACGAAGCCGGUGAUUUGACACGACAAAAGCAAACCAAAGGAUCCCAGAGACCUGCAGUACUGGAGGAGACAGAUGCCGAUAUCGAAUUUAAAAAGAACGCCAAAAAGGUGGAAACACCGGAAGAAAUCAAGCCCAGGAACAAGCCUUUUCAGUGUUAUGUAAAAGAAUAUGGUAUCAAAGUCAAGGAAGGAGAUCCACUGAAGGCAAAUGCCGGUAAUGGGAAGAGGUGGCUAAGGGUGUUCGGACUGUGUUCUACUAUAAUUCGUUAAUGAUCGGCCUUGGGAUUCAAUAACGCGAGAAUCGAAUCUAGUAUGUAGGAUCAUGAGCAUGAGGUUUUGAUAUUGUGACACUGCAUGAUUUAUUGGUUGAGAUGGAGAGUUUGGGAUUUGAUGGGAUGGGUGACCUCAGUUUGAUGAGUGGGAGGUAUGUU